CUCUCGUCACCGCGCUCCGCUUGUUUCCCGCCGCCGAAAUGCUCUCCGGUAUAUUAAUCUUCAACCAGAAGGGCGAGAAUCUCAUAUUUCGCGCCUUCCGUAACGACUGCCGCCCACGCCUCGCCGACGUAUUCCGCAUCCAAGUAAUCUCCAACGCACAAGUACGCUCGCCCAUCCUCACGCUGGGUUCGACCACGUUCAGUCAUCUAAAGCAUGAGAACAUCUACCUGGUCGCUGUGACCAAGAGCAACGCCAAUGCCGCUCUCGUCUUCGAGUUCUUAUACCGCCUAGUUGGGUUGGGAAAAGCAUACUUUGGGAAGUUUGAUGAGGAGGCUGUAAAGAACAACUUCGUGCUGGUGUACGAGCUGCUGGAUGAGAUCCUAGACUUUGGUUACCCACAGAAUACUGAGACAGACACACUGAAGAUGUACAUCACAACAGAAGGAGUCAAGUCAGAAAGAGCCAUGGAGGACUCGUCCAAGAUCACAAUGCAGGCGACGGGCGCCCUGUCAUGGCGGCGAGCAGACAUCAAAUAUCGCAAGAAUGAAGCUUUCGUCGACGUAAUCGAGGACGUCAACUUGCUCAUGUCUGCAGCUGGUACCGUCCUGCGAGCCGACGUAAAUGGCCAGAUCAUAAUGCGCGCCUACCUCUCCGGCACACCAGAGUGCAAAUUCGGGCUCAACGACCGCCUCACACUCGGCGAAGACAACCUCCAACAACCCUCAGGCAAUAAAGCCGGCGCAAAGGCUACACGAGCAGCUGCUGGUAGCGUCACACUGGAAGACUGCCAGUUCCACCAGUGCGUGAAGCUCGGCAAGUUCGACGCAGACAGAAUAAUAUCCUUCAUCCCACCGGACGGCGAAUUCGAGCUCAUGCGAUACCGCGCGACCGAGAACGUGAACCUACCCUUCAAAGUCCACGCCAUCGUAAACGAAGUCGGCAAGACGAAAGUCGAAUACAGCAUUGCCAUCCGCGCAAACUACGGCUCGAAACUCUUCGCUACAAACGUCGUCGUACGGAUACCCACACCGCUGAACACUGCGCGCAUCACAGAGCGCACAUCGCAGGGCAAGGCGAAGUACGAACCGGAGCAUAAUAACAUUGUUUGGAAGAUCCCGCGGUUUACAGGGCAGAGCGAGUUUGUGCUGAGUGCGGAAGCGAGUCUGACGAGCAUGACGAACCAGAAGGCGUGGUCGAGACCGCCGCUGAAUCUCAGCUUCUCAUUGCUCAUGUUCACUAGUUCGGGUUUGCUUGUCAGGUAUUUGAAGGUGUUCGAGAAGAGCAACUAUAGCAGUGUGAAGUGGGUGAGGUAUAUGACACGGGCAGGAAACUAUGAGAUCAGAUUUUAGAUAAUGUAUAUAUGGACAGGUGCCACAACCGGCGGUGCAUUGAUGGCGUUCGGAAAAGAUAUCCUUGGGCUUUGAGCCUUUCUGAAACUUGGUGCAUCGAGAUCACGCACUUUCAACAUUG